UGCCCACCUCUGCGCUACCUUCUCCUUUCGCAUACAAUCGACAUCACCGCCUGUUUGAAAAAGUAACCGCUCCGUCGACUUGCUUAGGCGGGCUAUUAUUUUUUAAAACAUGUCUCUCAACAUCCCCAAGGCCCCCAAUGCCGGCCUCUUCAAGCAAGGCUACAACAACUAUGAUUCUGAAGACGGUGCCGUCCUCCGAAACAUCGAUGCCUGCCGAGCCAUUGCUCAGACCGUCCAGACGUCCCUCGGACCCUACGGCCGCAACAAAGUCGUCAUCAACCACCUUCAGAAGAUGAUCUUGACCUCCGACGCCGCCACCAUCCUCCGCGAGCUCGACGUUGUCCACCCUGCCGCCAAGCUUCUUGUUAUGGCCUCCCAACAGCAGGAUGCCGAGAUGGGCGAUGCCACCAACUUCGUUAUCAUUCUUGCUGGCGAGUUGCUGCGAAAAGCUGAGGACCUCCUCCGAAUGGGUCUCAAGGCCUCCGACAUCGUCAUUGGUUACGAAAAGGCACAGAAGUUUGCUCUUGAAACCCUCGAACAGCUCGCAGUCGACAAGGUCGAGAACAUCACCGAUCAGGAGGAGCUCAGCAAGGCCCUGCGAACCGUCAUUGCAAGCAAGCAAAAUGGCAACGAAGAAUUCCUCGCCGAGCUCGUCGCCGAAGCCGUUCUGGCUGUCCUCCCCAAGAACCCCGCCAACUUCAAUGUUGAUAACAUCCGAGUAGUCAAGAUUAUGGGUGGUAGCUUGGAGCAGAGCCGUGUCGUCAGGGGCAUGGUCUUCCCCAAGGAGCCUGAAGGUUCUAUCAAGAAGGCCCGCCGUGCCAAGGUUGGUGUUUUCACCUGCCCCAUUGACGUCAGCCAGACCGAGACCAAGGGUACAGUUCUUCUGCACAACGCCAAGGAGAUGGUGGAUUUCACCAAGGGUGAAGAGACGCAACUUGAGGCCUCUAUCAAGGAGCUUCACGACUCUGGCAUCCGUGUCGUUGUCUGCGGUGACAGAAUCGGCGAUCUUGCUAUGCACUACCUUAACCGCUUUGGCAUCCUUGCCAUCCGUAUUCUCAGCAAGUUCGAGAUGCGCAGAAUCCUGCGCGUCGUUGGUGCCACCCCUCUGGCUCGCCUUGGUGCUCCCAUGCCCGACGAAAUGGGAAGCAUUGAUGUUGUUGAGACUAUGGAGAUUGGUGGUGACCGUGUGACUGUCUUCCGCCAGGAAGAUGAAGUCACCAGAACUGCUACUAUUGUUUUGCGUGGCGCUACUCAGAACCAUCUUGAUGACAUUGAGCGUGCUGUCGAUGACGGCGUCAACGUUGUCAAGGCCAUUACCAAGGACCCCAGACUUGUCCCUGGUGCAGGUGCCACAGAAAUCCAGCUCAGCUCUAGAAUACAGACACAAGGAGAGAAGACUCCUGGACUGAGCCAGUAUGCCAUCAAGAAGUACGGUGAGGCUUUCGAGGUUAUCCCUCGCACUCUGGCCGAAAGCUGUGGUCUGGAUGCCACCGAGGUUCUCAGCAGACUGUACGCCGCCCACGCCAAGGGAGAGGAUGGCGAUACCGGUGUUGAUGUUGAGGGUGGCGAUGAGACUGGCAUCCUUGACGCCCAAGAAGAGGGUAUCUUGGAUCUGCUCUCCUCCAAGUACUGGGCUAUUAAGCUCGCUACUGAGGCGGCUCGCACGGUUCUAUCUGUUGACCAGAUUAUUGUUGCCCGCCAGGCUGGUGGUCCCAAACCCCCAGGCCCCAACCCUAACUGGGAUGACGAUUAAACAAUUACGAACAAACUAUAAAAACCAAAUGAAGUCAAAUAAGAGAGAUUAGGUCUCUCGAAAUUAUGUACACAAAAACAAAAGGAGAUUACGAGUCUUGGGUUGUAGUGGCGAGGAAAACAUACCGAUACUUUGACGAUAGAACUUAGAUAUCAACGCAUUUAAUUUUUCGCUUUACAUCAUAUCAUACAUACCAGGUUACUAACGACCUUUGCAAGUUUGUCGUAGACACAUAUUUAAAACAAUAGUCUUGAAUAGCCAUGGCGGUGGCUUCUAUCAAGUUACGAGCAGUCACAGACGAAGGAGAAUAGCGAUUUGUAGAACUAAUGCUUCAUAAAAUAUCCAAGUGAUAACACAUAACAUAUGCUAAACUUUCGUGGCUCAAUACAAAAUGAAAUGGUAGAUACAUGUGAACAAUAUAGAAAAGAUGUUCCGUGAGAGCAGAUGACUUUUUCGAUAAUCAUACAUUAAGCAUGUUUCGGGGAUCAUUCCCACCAGAAUAAACGUGUGCGGGAGUUGUAUCCGCCAUAUCCAAGAAGUCCCGUCAUAAAACGUUAACAAAAAGAGGGAGAGACAAGUUCAGAAAACGAGAGGCAGAAAAUGAGAGCUUCAACAAGGUGGCUGUAUGCACAUAAUGCCCAGCACAGUGCUUCCUAGUGAAAAACUUCUAGGCAAGCAUUGUGAGGGAUCGGCAUCGACAAAUGGGAUAAAUAGCAUUGAACAAUGCACCCAGUUACUGUGACUUGGGGCAAGGGGUAUAAGCAUUGACAGUGAAGGAAAUCGAUCCAAGAACUGGAGAAUGCUCAGGGCAAGCAAUGACAUCGGUCAGAACGACACCCUGAAAUGUUCGGGCAGAGAGGUCCGCGCGCUUGGGGGUUUUAGGCUUCUUCCAUGAUGCCACCGCCAUCGCCACCUUCUUCACGCCACUCGCGGCUGCGGUCCGAGAGGCGGCGGAUACCUGCUACGCGGCUGGCCCAGAGCUUCUCGAUCGGUGUUCGGAAGGUAAAGGCGCGCUGGGAGCUAAUGACUCCAAUGGCUUGAAGAACAGCCUUGCGGCUAUCGCGUCCAAACACGGCAGGGUGGUUAAUCCACUCAAGAGCUCUCUCAAGCUCCGCAUCCAGGGCGGCAACAGUGCCGGCGUCAAUACCUGUGCACAGAUUGACGGCAUCGGGAACUGACUUUGCGCUUGCCAAUGGUCCAUGAAGCCCGCCAGACGAGGCAGGGCUUUGGGGAGAUGGGCUGCGCUUUCGGUCUGGUGUUCCGGCAGGGUUUGGUGAUGAGUCGUUGCCUGGAUGAGGCGUAGAUGGCACCGACUUAGUCAUGGGGACAGGGGGAAGGCCACCUUUGCCAAGACCCUUGAGAAUAGAUCUUGUCUCGUUGAGGAGGGUGUGGGCGCGAUCGUGUUGAGCCCGGGUGACAAGAGUCAACGCUCUCGACAGCAUGUCGGAUGUCAGCAACUCCAUACGACGCUGGACAAUGCUGGGGUGGGGUGGGAUAGGAGGAGAGCCCUGCCAUGUUUUCUUUUGAGACGAGCUAGGGGGGAGCAUGGUAAUCGCGAGCAGUGAUGGGCGUGGCAUUUGAGUGAUGGCGCCUUCUCGGAGAAUGUCGCCCCAGAUAACGUCAGCUUGAAUGAGCGGGACUUCUUCAACCGAUACACCACGUUCAGGAUCACUCUCUGAGCUGCCCCCGAGAGCCUCUAGGCCCGAGACAAUGUUGUCCCAAGCAUCCUGAGGAAGCUGGUCCUGUGAGGAGCUGUCAGGCAGGAUGAUGAGUUGGACAAGAAUGUCUCUCUUGUCACCAAAUCGGAGAUCGCCAAGCGAUGCUUCCGCAUCACGGCCAGUAGCUCGCUUAGUGGUUUGCAAUGCACCGUUUAUCUUGUGGAACUUAGCCGGUGACCCUUCAGGAAGCUUGAGCUUGAGCUUAACAUUCUGAUGAGAGAGCGCUUGCAUGCCACCCAGGCAACCAGCAAGGCAUUCACGCAGCAUCAUCCAAUCCUGAACAUAGGUAUAAGAGGCUUUGGUCUUAGUAGACAACUCGAUCAUAGUAUCAGGUUUAUGAGUCAUUCCUAGGCCAAAGGUAUGAAUUGUAAUCUUGGCUGCUUCAGCGCGAGAAAUGACAAAGUCAACUGAAUCAGUGUCUGACGUAGAGGCAUCACUGAUAAGCAUGAUAGCUGCUGUAGGAUUGCUGUGCUUGCGCUGCAUAAGAAGAUCCAUGGCGACAUUUGCACCUUCGACAACAUCAGCGCGGUGGCUCUUUUGACCGACUGGCUUGAUAGAGCCCAAGAUGUUGGCCCAGCCAGGCCAAGCUUUCGUUGUCAUUCCAACAAUUGGGACACCGCCUCCUCCAGAGCCAAAUGUAACGAGGCCCAUGCGGUCGCGCUCGCCGAGAGUGCUCACCAUAAACUUCAGCGCAUCCCUGACCAGGUUGAUUUUCACACCCUGCAUAGACGAAGAGAUCGGGACGACGACGACGACAUCAAUGGGAAUGUGAACAGAAGUUGGAAUAAAGCUCUGCUUCGAGGCAAGGCUGGUGUACUCGGUAGGGGCUGUUCCAACCGACUUGGGACCCCAAGAAGAUGUGGUUGAAGAAACCCUUUGAGUUCGUUGGCGGUGCCAGUCUACCUCCUCGUCAUUCUCAGAGAAGUCUGCCCGAUCAAAUUCAGGGCUUCGGAUGGGGGCUGGGUCGGGGGAGUUCAAGUCAAUCAGGGCCUGGUACCAGAGCUUAAGCUGGUUACGGUUUUCGAAAUGCAGGUGGAACUGGGGAAGUUCGGCAACGGAAAGACUCAGGGUGAGGAUAUUGUCGUCGCUGUUGGGGGUUUCGAAAACAUCGCUGAGGUGCUUCUUGAUCAAGAUCGAUCCCUUGAGCGAGUACUUCGGGGGUGGUGCAGUACCUUCAGGCCACUCGGCGUUCGCUGCGGCGCUGGCCUUCUUCUCUCGGACACAAAUGAACAUUUCGGAGAAUAGGAAACAUUGAAGCUCUUGCCAGUUGAUCUUGUCCUUACCAACACGCAGAGUACCAUACAGGCGGAGCUUUCCAAAGCGGCUAAAAUCAAGACCGUUCCAGUUGUCAACACGAGCCUGUAAAUCUUCACUCAUCUUCUCUAGCGCCUCUGGGGACUCGUAAGGAUAGAACCUGGGAGCUGGAGUAGGAGCAGGAGAUGCAGCAUACGCUGCAACAUUGUCGAUUUUGCCCAUUGAGCCUUGCCUUUGGAUAGUAGGGGAUCCAAUAUCCUCGGGAUCGGGUCGCCACUGGUUAUCGGGGACUUCGAUAGUAACAAGACAGGUGAGCGUCUCUUGGCGACGUGAGCGGCUGAUGGUAGGAAACUCCGAACGCACAGUAACAAUAGGUGCAGGAAUGGGAUUUCUGGUGGCCAGGCGUUGAGGGCUAGCCGGUGUGGUUUCCAUGGCCUGUACGUCAUAGUCAUGGCGCCAUUGAUGCCCGCUCUGAGUCGUUUCUGGGUAGCCCGACGAAGCAACGCCAGUUGCUUCGCUAUCACUACGAGCAUGUCUUGAGGAAGCAUAGGCCGACAGGGCGGCAUCGCGGCUGUCUCUUAAGCUGCCACGGGGCAAGCUCUCUCGGGUGCUAGGUGUUCCUCCUUGCUGUUGCGAUUGCUGCUGCUGCUGUUGCUGUUGCUGUUGCUGUUGUUGUUGUUGUUGUUGUUGUUGUUGCUGUUGCGAGCGGCGUUGAGCGCUGUCGACGCUGGGCGGUCUCAUAGUCUGGCUAUCCCAUGUCGGCGUGGGAGUAGGGGUAGAUCGGGUGUCGCUACCCGCGGAUCUGACGAGGUUGCUUAUUUUAUUGAUAUCAAUAACGUUGCCACCUCUACUAGUGUCGAGAUGUAGAGGGGAAUCACAUGAGGGGCAGUAUUGUGAGUCGAACUCGCGGAUAAAUUCGUAGAAACAGGCUUCAUGCGAGACAUGGGAGCAUGAGAACUGAAGGAUCCGUUCACCUUGCAAGGUAUGUUCGAGAGGUUCCUCACAGACGGCACAUUCACUUCCUACAAAGGUUCUCUCGCGCCGGAAGCGGCUACGGUCUGUAGUGCUGGCCAUUCUGUUAUUAUCGAUCGCACCAACUCGUCGUGGGCUUCCGCUAUUUUGAGAUCCGACCGAUUCACCGCGGAUUCGGGGAGGAACAGUGAGCCCGCCUGUAGAUUGAUUGGACGGAUGGAAUCCUGCGAAUUGAUUAGUAUUUUUGCAGUAGUGGAACAGUCUCCGUCGCCAUGGAUGCAUCUAUUGGGCGACAUACCGUCUGCAAACGAAUUGUCUGUGUUGUUAGUAGAUGUAGUGCCGGGGCGAAUGCGAGUAGCACCCAGAGCCAAGUCGUCGGGUCUGACCAGGCCAAAAUCGUGGGCACUUGUUUGCAAAUCGUUGCUCUGGCCGCCAAGAUGAUCAGGAGCGUAGCCGGUCUUGCCCGGGCCUUGAAGUUUGCCGUAAAAUUUACUGAACAUCGGAGAGUUGAUGCUGGUCGCACCAGCGGUUGGUGUGGUAGAAGUUAAAAGAAUCAAAGCGGAGGGGCCUCAGGCGUCGCAGUAUUCGGCCCCCCAGAAAUGCAAGCUGGCGGCAAGUAUCCUGUGGAUUGGACCUAUAGCAGGGGUGCUUGGCGAAACAAAGCGAAGCCUUGCAAUAAGGCAGGUUUCGGGAGCUGCAGAGCAAACAAGGGAAAGGAGAAUGAGCAGCUAAGAAGCGUGGUAGCCCAAUAUAGAAGGCGGAGCAGCUAGCAAGAGUGUGCGUGUGGUUGUAAAAGGUGGGUGUGUCGUUUCGGGAGGUGGUUUCACGGUAUUGUAUCAACAAUGCUGGAGCUGCGUGCGCAUGAUGAUCGCGACAGCGGCGCAAGAGGAGAGAAGAACAAUGAUCAAGGCUGAACCAAGUGCCGCAGGCAAGAGGGUAAGCGUUAUGAUCAACUAGGAGCCCGUGUGGCUACCAGGUGGGAAACGAAACCGUCGACGGUGGUUGUAGUUGUGGGUGUGGUAAGGUGGUCAAUGUUCGUCAGAGAAGGCGGGUGACCGUAGGUGGGCAGCGCACAGUCCCAGAGCUUGUACUCUGUAUGUACUGUAGCAUAAACCGCCUCAGGGCGCGAGCGAAUAAGCAAUGCAGGCAACUGUGCUUUGCGUGGGAACCGAAUGCAGGUGGCGGGUUGGUUCCAGC